AUGAGUGCACAGGGCGCGCUGGGUGGGGCGGCGCUAGCGGCGGCAGCGCUGCGCAAGUCGGUGCCCAAGGACCCGCGGUUCAUGACCCAUGCAGACAUCCUGGAGGACACACGGCUGCCGUACGACGACAGGGAAGCCCUGGGACUGACCGAUGUCGACAAGGCCGAGCAUAAGCGCCUGCUCAAGGAGAUGUACAAGGAGCUGAGGAAUCUCCGAGGGACCAUCAAGGAUGAGAUCCGACGGGAGACGAUGGCAGAAGCGUUCAUUCGACGGUACGACUCCAAUGCGGACGGGCUCAUGUCGUUUGACGAGUUUGUGACUUGCGUCAACGAUCGCAUGACCGAGCUCGAGUUGGAGCAGUACAUGCCGAGUGAGGACGAGCUGCGGAUCUCGUUUAGCGAUCUCUCGCAGGAAGAGCCUGAGAUUGACAUCGAAGGCAUGACUCAGCUGGCGGAGAUUCUCCUCGACUUGGAGAUUAUGAAGAUCGAGUCCAGCAUCGAGCGGCUCAACCUACAGCUGGCUCUGACGGAUCCGUCCCGGUUCCGCAAGGCCUCGGACCAGGCGUACAGGGAGGUGGACAUCGACGGGAACGGGACCAUCGACAUUGACGAGUUCAAGAAGGUUGUUAGCCGCAUCUCGUCGGCAUUGGGCAUGGACAUGCCUGCGAACAGGUUCAUCCGUGCCGCCUUUCGCUUCUAUGACACCGGCGAGGACGGGUAUGUCGACCGGCUUGAGUUCAAGGCUUUCUGCAAGCUAGUCUUCCAUCUCUCGCUUCGCCAUCUCCUCGAGCUACCGGUCUCGUGGGAGGGCCUUCCGGCCGAGCGUCUCUCGUCGGAGACGUCCGGCGGUGACGACAACAUCGGCGUCCUCCACCGCCGCUACAUGCCCACACUCUCGCGCUCGCUCGACUCGUGCUCGUCCAGCUCGAGCUCGAGUUACGGCUCCAGCUCUAGCUCUAGUUCGUCAUCAUCGUCGUCGCUGUCUUCGUCCAGCCGCGGAAAUUCAUCGAGUUCAUCGCUGCUCGGUGCAUCGGUUUUGUCGUCGUCGUCGUCAUCAUCGUCGUCACAGCUCGGCUCGUCGUCGUCAUCGUCAUCAUCAUCAUCAUCAUCGUCGUCGUCGUCGUCGUGACGGCGAUCGCCAUGAUAUUGCAUUUACUUUUGUGGGCAUAGAGCGAGCCAGAGCCUGCUGACGAGCAGACCAACGAGCGGCCGCCGUCGAGCGGGACAAGGGCGCCGGUCAUCCACUUGGCCUUUGGCGAAGCCAUGAACAGCAUGAGCUCGGCCACGUCCUCGGGCUCGCCAGUAAAGCCGAGCGGAUGG